GAGGCGUGGCCAUGACGGUUGCUAUGGUGACGCCCCCGAACCGCCCUCAUUGUAAACAUGGCGCCCGCCGCCGACAGGCCCGGAUACUGGGGGCCGCCAACCUCCACCCUGGACUGGUGUGAGGAGAACUACACCGACUCCUACUACAUCGCGGAGUUCUGGAAUACUGUGAGCAACCUGAUUAUGAUUCUACCUCCUAUUUAUGGUGCAAUUCAGACGGUAAAGGAUGGCCUUGAAACACGCUACUUAGCAGCAUACCUGGGUCUUGCAGCUGUGGGAAUAGGAUCCUGGUGCUUCCACAUGACGCUGAAAUAUGAAAUGCAGCUGCUGGAUGAACUUCCCAUGAUCUACAGCUGCUGUAUAUUUGUCUACUGUCUAUUUGAAUGCUUCAAACCCAGGAACACACAGAACUACCUUCUCGUGUUUAUACUGGUGAUGUUCAGUGGGCUGGUGACCACAGUCUAUCUUCUGUGGAAGGAGCCAGUGUUUCACCAGGUCAUGUAUGGCUUUCUCGUGGGCUGCCUCGUUCUACGGUCAAUAUAUAUUGUUACCUGGGUCCACCCUUGGCUCAGACCUCUGGCCUAUACCUCACUAGGUAUAUUUUUGAUGGGCUUCGUCCUCUGGAAUGUAGACAACAUCUUCUGUGACACCUGGAGGGAUAUCAGACAGAAGGUACCAUUCCACAUCUUGGGUGCUUUGACGCAGUUUCAUGCCUGGUGGCACAUCCUCACAGGCCUGGGCUCCUACUUGCACAUUCUAUUCAGCUUGUAUACAAGAACCCUAUAUCUGAAGUACAGACCUAAAGUGAAGUUUCUGUUGGGAGUUUGGCCUGUCAUUUUGGUGGAGCCCCCGAAGUCCCAGUAAGAAGACCACAGAAAAGUUUUUGAGAGAGAGAGAGAGAGAGAAAGGAAAGCAAACUCUCAUGCUGCGCAGGCUGACCUCUGCCAUUCCAGAUCGGUUGACGCGAUUCUACAAUGUGUUAUUUAUCUGAAUCAUGAAGAGAU